AUGGGAAAACGUGGAAGAAAAGGCGGUGGAGGUGGUAGGGACAAUGGUGGUGGGGGAAGUUGGGGCGAGAAUGCAAAGAUGGAAAACGAGGCGUUUGAAAAGUAUUACAAGGCUGCUGGAAUUGUUCCUGAAACUGAGUGGGAUGAGUUUUGGGCUAGCCUCAAAAUUAUUUUGCCGACUACUUUUCGCGUGACUGGCAGUCGUGCGACGGCACAGGAAUUGAACUCGAUUAUCAAAGAGCAAUAUGUCCCUUCUUUGAAGGGCAUAGAAUUCGAAGGUCAAGAGGUGCAGCCGCCUCGUCAAUUACCUUGGUAUCCGGAUGGUCUUGGCUGGCAACUAGACGUCUCAAAAAGCGCUCUUCGAAAAACACCAGAAUUCAAGAGGUUCCAUAACUUCUUGGUCUAUGAAACUGAGGUGGGAAACAUUUCUCGCCAAGAGGCCGUCAGCAUGAUUCCGCCACUGCUGCUGGAUGUCCAGCCUCACCAUACCGUAAUUGACAUGUGUGCCGCUCCCGGGUCAAAGACAGCCCAACUACUCGAGGCACUCCAUGCCAACGAUACGGCGGUAGAAGCUUCUAUCCCCUCAGGCUUGUUGAUUGCAAACGAUACAGAUAACAAACGCGCGCACAUGCUUGUUCACCAAUCGUCACGACUGCCUUCUCCCGUAUUGAUGGUCACCAACCUGGAUGCAUCUAUAUAUCCUAGGAUCCAGACUCCAACAGGAAAAAUGUUAUUUGAUAGGAUUUUGUGCGAUGUUCCAUGCAGUGGUGAUGGAACAAUGCGUAAGAACUAUGGGAUAUGGAAGAGUUGGACGGUCAUGAACGGCAAUGGGCUACACGGGUUACAAUUACGAAUCUUGACUCGUGCUAUGAACCUUCUCAAACCUGGUGGUCGAUUAGUUUAUUCCACGUGCUCAAUGAAUCCGGUCGAGAACGAAGCUGUUAUUGCCGCUGCGCUUAAAAAGUUCCCACACUUUGAGUUGAUUGAUGUUUCUGGCUCGUUGCCUGAGCUUAAACGCCGACCCGGAUUGCCGACUUGGCGACCCGCUGUCAACCGAGAGAUGGAUACUGCUUAUUCAAGCUAUGCCGAUUUCAUUGAAUCCUUGCCCGAAAAUAAACGGUCCGAGACGAAGCUGCAAGCCACGCAUUGGCCACCGGAGGGUGUCGAAAGAUUAAAUUUGGAACGAUGGUAUCCUUCGAAUUACCCUCACCUGCAAAAUACUGGUGCCUUCUUUGUUGCAGUUCUCUAUAGAAAACCCAAACCGGAGGCUCAGCCAAGCUCUGUUGCCAAACGCAACGUUGAUGCAGUCAUUGAACUUACCGCCGAAGCCGAAUCAUCCAACAAAAAGCAAAAGACUGGCGAGAUAACGGGUGAAGAUUCACAAUUAUUCGGCCAGGUCGACGAAGAUGAACCUCUCGAAAAGUCGGUCAAGGCUUCAACAUUCAAGGAAUUACCAUAUGUCUUCUUAGCCGAAGGCAGCAAACAUCUUGAACAAGCAAUGGAGGACCUCAAAAUCAAACCCUCUUUCCCCUCUAACAACUUGUUCGUUAGGAAUCCGGAUGGUGAAGCGCUUCGUCAGAUAUACUUGUGUAACGAUGCCGCUCGACAGGUAAUCACGCAUAAUGACUUUGCCCGUAUUCGGUUGAUCAAUGCGGGGGUGCGUGUGUUCAACCGACAAGAAAGUGGUGUAAAAGCCGAAUUGCACGGGCGCAAUCGGUUCAGGUUCUUAACCGAGGGUGUUCCCUCUGUGCUCCCUCAUGUGGACGAAUCAAGAAUCAUAACCGCAGAUUUAGAAACUUUACGGGUAUUUAUGAGACUGUACUACCCUGUAUAUGGAGAGUUUGAGUCCCCAAUGAAGGAAAAAUUAACUGAACUCGAAAUGGGGAGCUAUCUGAUGCGGAUUGAACCCGGCGAGCAAGCGGGUAUGAGCUUAAAACAUGCUUUGGUCUUACCAAUUUGGAAAUCCAGCGCGUCCGUGGCACUGAUGCUCGACAAAAAAGCCAAGAGUGCGCUUAGUCUUCGUUUGUGGGGAGAAGAUAUUACGCCCGGUGCGCCAAACAAAUCAGUGAAAGCUGUGGCUACAGUGGCUGGGGAUGAGGAUGAGGAUGAGGAUGAUGGACCAGAGGCGGCUGAUGAAAUAGCUGAGGAUGAAUCAUCCGAGCCUGUGAAAGUGCCUAAGUGA